CCUCCACCCCUCACUCGAGGACCACCACUACAGCCACACAGCCUCCACCCCUCACUCGAGGACCACCACUACAGCCACACAGCCUCCACCCUUCACUCGAGGACUACAGCUACACCUCACUACACCGUUCAAGGUAGUGUUUCAAACACGAUUAAAUAAGCAAUAAGGAACUCAUCUGCAACAUGAAAACUACAAAGAAGAAAAGGUGUUGCAAUAUUUCACCUUUCAAAAGACAGAAUCCAUGGCAUCAGCAAAUGAAUUGUUAAAUAAUUCUUACGGUGAACAUGAGCAUGAAAAUGAGACGCUUAUUAGUAGGUUUGGUGAUGGUGGGGGCUUUAACAACGGUGACAGUACUAUUCUAUUCACUGUUUCUCAGUUCUAUAAUGCCCAUGCCACCAGGAUCAAAGAUAUACAAGGAAACAAAACUGAAACGACUUGCAUGUGGUAUAAGGAACUCCAGGAUCCAAUAGUUGUCAAAGCUGACACAUCAGAAGUCUGGAUGCAACUAUGGGACCAUCAUCCAGACCCUAAAACCUAUCAUACCUACUUAUUUACUUGUCCCGUUCCAUUAAAGAUGCGUGACAGUUUAUUAUACCCAGACUUUGUUUCCUUGUCUUCCCAGCCAUGCACUAGUAUAACUACAAAACUACCCAUUAAUAAGGAAGGCUUUACUGAACUGUUAAGUGGGAGAGCUAAGAAAAAAUAUGCGGUGUGUGUUAAAGGAAUGGACUUUGAAGACGACAUAUCCGUGAAACUUUUAGAAUGGUUAGAACUUCUUUACAUUCUUGGUGUUGAUAAAGUAUUUAUAUACAAAUAUACCGUACAUGUAAGUGUAGAAAAAGUUUUAGAUUAUUAUGAGAGGCAAGGAAAGGUGAAGAUAAUUCCUCUCACCUUACCAGGAGACCAACCAAAUGAACCAAAGUUACGUUCUGUGUACCUAAGAAGGGCUGUGUGGCAGAAGAGAAGGAAUGAACUUGUACCAUACAAUGAUUGCCUGUACAGAAACAUAUAUCUGUACGAUUAUGUCAUACCUUUAGACACAGAUGAAGUAAUUAUACCAGUCAAGUCCUACACGUGGUCAGAAAUGUUUGCAGAACUAAAGAGAGGAGACCCGAAAGCUUUGGAUAAAUACGCUUCAUUUUCAGCUCAGAAUGCAUAUUUCUUAGAUGUGUUUAAUUUCACUUAUAAUCUGAAGGUGCCAAAAUAUUUCCACAUGCUGCAUCGGACAAUCAGAAGCGCCAAUUUUAGCAUCAUUGGUCAUUCUGUAAAAAGUUUUGUAUCAACAAAAAACUCCCGGACUGUCUUUAACCAUUAUGCUCUCGAGACACUUUACCGCAACAUGAAAACAAACAAGGUAAUGAACACGUCACUCGUUCAAAUGAACCAUUAUAAAAAACGCUGUCCAAGAGAAAUAUACAGUCAGUGCAAGAGCAAAUUUCUCCGUUAUACUACAAAGGAUAAUACAAUAGAUAAGUAUAUGAAAGAGCUGAUGUAUAAAGUGGAAACAGCAAUUAAAAAUAUAAAGUUAUUCAACAUUACAGAAUGAUAAUCUUAAUUUUUGUAGUAGGUUAUUGUGAAACAUUUAGAUAAUUUUGAUUCUGUAUCUUUACACCAAUUAUGAUGAUAAGAGGCAUUUCUGCAAUAAGAGUAUGUAAUGUAUUUCAUGACUUAUACUGAACCAAUACAAAAUUUAAUAAUUUCACAUUGCGUUCAUUGAAAAAUCAGCUCUUUCUUUAUUAGCUUAAUUGCUGGUAUUUGUCUAAAGCACUAGUUCUUAAUCUCUCGGUUACAAUGCAAGCCAUUUUGAGUGGGUUGUCAAGGGUCUCCAGCAAGCAUCUGAAACCUUCUUUUCUAUUCCAACGGACUAUACUGUACGAAAACGUUUGCAUAAGCAACAAGAUGGUUGCCAGCACAUCAGCUCUCAGUGUCUUAUUGACUUUAAAAGUGAUUGUUUUUAAAAGGCAUUUUACAUAAAAGCAAAUAUUUGCAUUUCGUGCUAUCUAGUUUUUUAUUUUCCUUGUACUUUCUUUAGCCUUCAUAAAAGUAAGUAGCUAUCAACAGAAGGCACUAAGUCGGGAUGACUAUUUAACAACGACUAUAUCUCAGGAUAUUCAAAAGAUCUUAGAUGUCACUCACGAUGCCAAUACAAGAGCAAACAAGACAUAACAUGAAAAACAACAAAAACAUACGCUUCACCACGGAAGCUGGGACAAAAACGAAUGGCUUAUCACCAGUCUAGAUGGACUGCCACUAGCUCUAGGCAGUAGAGCUAGUAGCAUCGGUAAAAUGUUGAGGGGGGAUGACAAAAAUGAAUAACCAGUUUAGUGACCAAGACAAGUGCUUAGCAUCAGGUCCUGGAGACAUACACCAAGCGGUGAAAACUGGGAAAUUAAAAGGGGCAGCUCGCUAAAUUUUGCAUAAAAAUUCCAUAAUCCAUCAAAAAAUAGACAUUGAGAAGAACAAGGCAUCAUUUGAAAAUUCCAAAUUCUUCCUCCCUCCAUCUUGCUACUUGCAACUGAAAGUAGCCAAUAAAGGGAAAAAAAUGUGGGAACAGCGCAGUAUAAUGUAGUCCGUCUAAUCCUUCAGACGUAGACUUGCACAAACAACAGCUGAUGUGGGACAGUUAUGCAAGUCCCAGCUGUGUCUGGGUACAAGUGACAUGAUGAACAACCCAGCUUGGUCUGGGUACAAGUGACAGGACGAACAACCCAGCAGGUUUUCAUCCUAUUGGGGAGUGUUGUACAUGCUGCUAUGGCGGUGUGUCCACUCACAGGAUGAGUGGCGCUGCCCAAUAAACUCGCCCCUCGGGGCAAAAUUAAAAAAAAAAAAAUUUAAACAACACCUGAUUACAUUUUAGCUAGCAUUAUUAAAUCAUUUUAAAGAACAAAUGCAACAGGGAACAAAUAAUCAACUGGUAUUUUCUCUUCUAUUUAUAGUUGCCAAGGCAUACCACACAAAAUAUUUUUUUUUUUCUGUCAUCGGUACAAAAAUUCCAUACAUAAAACAUUAACAAUCUCUUCCCACCUGAAUAAUACAGAUAUUCAUUGUUAAACAGCAUUACCUUCCAGUUAAUGUGCUACUGUAUGUUAAACUUGAUUUACCUUAUUAAUUAUAAUCUAAAUGCCAAUGUAUAUACCCAAGUUGUAUAAUAUUGUAUAUAUAUAUAAAUAAAAACUUCCUCCAAUAAGAUAGCACAAAUAGCAACCGGGACAUGUAUGGACACAAUAUAAACUUAAUAUAACAA